AUGAUCGGCCAUGCUCGAACCUCGCUUCUUCCCGAUGGAUCCACUGAAUACAAAGGAAUUGAGAAUCUUCAUCCUGUUGAUAUCGUUGCCGCUUUAUCGUUUACAACUGGGAUUAUACAGUUAAUCAUGUGGUUGUUCCGUCUCGAGUUCCUCACUGCUUACAUGUCGGAUGCGGUUGUCAAUGGAUUCAUGUUCGGAGCAGCCAUCCAUUCAGCUAGAUCACAACUGCCAGCUUUGCUUGGGAUAAAAGUCCCCAAUCGAGACUCCGAAUUCUUCAUGAUAAUCUAUCAAUUGAUCGACAUCUGUAAAGAGUUCGAUCACGUCAAUUGGAAAGUGCUAUUGAUCUCAUUAACAUCAAUCACUUUUCUGUUGGGAUCGCGAUUUCUCUCGGAUCGAUACUGGCCAUUCAAGAAGAUCCCAUUUCCAUCGGAGCUCAUUUUGCUAGUGAGUGUGACAAUCUUCUCACAUUUCUUGAAGAUUCACGAGAAAUGGAAGGUCAACAUUAUCAAUGACAUUCCAACUGGG